AGGAUCACCAGUCAGAUCGGAAACAUACUUAGCUGUGGAGGAUCUGUCGUACACCCAAAUUGGGUACUCACUUCAGCAAGUUGCGUUGCAAACCGUGUCUCUGUAAUCGUCCAAGCUGGUUUAACUCAAGUUUGGAAUUCCGAAUACACACUAAGCAGUUGGGAAUGGUAUACCCACCCCACAUUUAGCACAGUUUUGGCAACCGUAGCGCAGCCGAACGAUAUUGCUCUUGUCAAAGUGGCUAUACCGAUGACUUUUUCACGGAAUUUGUCUCCAAUUUUACUGCAGCCAAGCAUUGAUGCGUACACGGACUAUUCUGGUCUUCAACUUUACGCCAGUGGUUGGGGAACCAUGGGGACCAAUGGUCCAGUCCCUACAGACCUUCAAUGGGUAUACUUAAGAGGUAUUAGCAAUGUGGAAUGCAGGGCAUUAUUUGGCACUGUUGUCAAUGAGAACACUAUUUGUGCACGUUUCUAUAAUAACACGGCACAAUCUAUCUGUGAGGGAGACAGUGGCGGUCCAUUGGUGCAUGUGAACUUCGAUGGCUCGCCAGUGCUGGUUGGAGUAGCAUCCUUUGUAGUAAACCGGGAGUCUGGUGGAUGUCACUCUGGACAUCCUGGAGGUUUUAUUCGUCCUGGCCCAUUCCACUCAUGGUUCCAACAGGUCACUGGAUAUAACUUCGACACCAACCAAACAUUUUCAACACCGACGACUCCUAGUUAUACCACCACAACACCAACAUACAAUACGACAACACCUAGUUAUAAUACCACAACACCAACAUACAAUACGACUACACCUAGUUAUAAUACCACAACACCAACAUACAAUACGACUACACCUACUUAUAAUACCACAACACCAACAUACAAUACGACAACACCUAGUUAUAAUACCACAACACCAACAUACAAUACGACUACACCUAGUUAUAAUACCACAACACCAACAUACAAUACGACAACACCUACUUAUAAUACCACAACACCAACAUACAAUACGACAACACCUAGUUAUAAUACCACAACACCAACAUACAAUACGACAACACCUACUUAUAAUACCACAACACCAACAUACAAUACGACAACACCUAGUUAUAAUACCACAACACCAACAUACAAUACGACAACACCUUACUUCAGUACAACGACUAUUCUUUACAAUACAACAUCACACAGCUUCAAUGAAAAGGCAGAUAAUGAUAAUGCUAUGUAUUCGAACGUAGAAUUCGCUAACAACGACUAAUAAUAAAACAGCAAACCAAUAAUGACGUCCUCGCCUACCGUCAUCAUGGAAUAGCUUCGAUUUCGAACAAUUGUUAUGGAAAUGGAAUAAAAAAAAUGAUUAUUUCAA